AUGGAUGACAUCACAACGCAGAACCAGGGUCUCGUCGAUCGACGACUUAUACUGGGUGAAGAAGGAAAAAUUGAUCUGAUUGGUUAUUUGCACAGUGAUGUUUUCAAUCAGUAUAAAUUUCUCUUGAAUGGUGUUGAACUUAGAGUUCGACUGGUGCGUUCUAAGGAUGCUUUUUGUCUUAUGGAUCCAACUAAUCGGGCUUAUCUUCAUAUUCAAGAAGCAUCUCUUCUUAUUCGGCGUGCAAAAAUCAGCCCUGGGAUUCUGCUUGCACACGUAAAAUCUCUUUCUCAAUGUACGGCCAAGUUCCCACUUACCAGAGUAGAGGUUAAAACACUCACAAUUCAUUCUGGUGUUCAAAGUGAAACUCUCGAUAAUGUUAUACUCGAUCAACUACCGAAAAGGAUCAUCAUUGGAUAUGUCAAAAAUGAUGCAUUCAACGGUCAUCGUAAUGGUAUGCAAAUUCAGUUAAAGCCUUUGCAACCAGAUUUCUCAAGAGGAAAGCUAUGCAUUGAUACUUAUCAUACUCUGUUUCCCGGAACGGGGAUUCAUUUUAUGAACGAGGAAAAUAAUAUUGAUCGUUUUGAUUACGCAAAUGAAUACUGCCUGUUUGCAUUUGAUCUUACGCCUGAUCUUUCUGCAACUUGUCAAUCACACUGGAAUCUCGUUAAACAUGGCAGCCUUCGCAUUAAGCAUUGUGUAGAAGAAACACUACAACAAACUAUUAAUUGUAUAGUCUACGCAGAAUACGACAAUGACUUGGAAAUUGACGCGUCCAGGCAGGUUAUAGUAGAUUACAGCGGUUAA